AUGGCCCUUCCCGCCCAAUACCCGCGUCAAGCUAAGCGCCCAACCGUGUGUCUCCCCCACUCCACCACUGCAGCCAGGCCGUACCACACCACCAUCACCAUCACCAUCACCCAAACCUUUAACCACCAAACGCACACGGCAGCAGUACAGACACCAACAUCUCAGACCGAACCAACUUCCACCCUCCACCAAGCCUGA